AGUUGCUCACAGGGAGCGCUACUUGCCAGGAGGUAGGGAGGCAGUCUCUCCUGCGGGGGGUCCACUUGAGCCCCCAGGAUUAGCCUUUGCUCUUCUGCAGAAGGGGUGAGGAGGCGUGGAGUUGCCUAUUGCAAAAAGCCCCCAGGCGUAAAUAACAUGGGAGGGGUUCUCCAAACCGGGGUGGGGGUAGCUGCCUGGGGCACUGGAAGUAGGGAGUCACCUGCCUCCUGGGAGCGGGGAAACCAGCUUCCAGGCAGAAAGACAGGGGUGGCAGCUUGCAAAGCCACAUUUACUCAGACCUCACUGAGAGCACAGCACACAGCAGGGAGGGCAGACAGCAGUCAGGGGUUAGCUACCCCCUGCUGUUUGACCUUGAGCAAGUUGCUAGUUCUUUCAGGCCUCAGUUGCUUCUGUACAAAAUGGGACUAAUCAAGGGUGCCCAAAGGAGAACACUCGACCUCCUUCCUGGUUUGGAAUACAGAUUUGGAAGGAGCUUCCUUCCUCUGUUACCUGUGUGACAAUGAGAAUCAGUGGUUGGAAAUGUCUGGGCCUAGGAGCUAGGACACCUAUGUUUCAGACACUCUCUGGCUUUGUGGCCUAAAGCCAGUUAACUUCCUUUUUCUUAGGGCUUCAAUUUCCUCAACUGUGAAGUGGGCGUGUCCCCUCUGUGCCACCUCUCAUCUUGUUAGGGCUUCAAGAACCCGGGUCCCUCCCUUCCCAGCCUGGGGUCCUUCCCAGGGACAGCAUCUUUACCAGCUGCCUCUGGCAGUGCUGGAAGUGGCACCUGAUUUGUGCUUGGGGGCCUGGAGGGUCAGCAAUACCUUAUUUCAAAUCAUGAUCCUUCACACCCCACAGGUAUGAGUGAUCUGUAAAGAUUAAACUUUACAGAUCACCCUGCCUGAGCCGUCCUUGCCACUGCCCUGGGAGGUAGUAGUUAUUGGGUUGCCCCCAUUUCACCGAAGCUGAGGCUCAGAGAGGGGAAGACACCAACCCAAGCUCUUCAGCCAAGACUCUGCUCAGAACUCAGGGGUGUCACGUGUAGGAGCGUGAGGUUCAGUGGUGUUGUCUUGGGGGCACCAUCGUCCCCAACUGGAGGAGGCUCGGUUUCUCAGCAACUUGUCAUCUUGCCUUCCCUGAGGAGUGGGACUGGCCAUGGAGCAGAGGCCCACAGGCCUGGCCAGCCACCAGCAAGCCAACCUGGCACAGGGGAGCAACUGAGGCCAUUGACUCGGGGCUGAGUCACGGGGACGCCGUGGUCACUUCCUGCUUUGUGGCCCAGGUCACUCACAAAACUCAGCUGCCUGGCCUCUCUGUGCCUCAGUUUCCCCACUCCCCAAGGUUGUUGUGAGGAUUUGUUGAGAUGGCACGUGGAAAGUACUUGGCACGUGAGCAGCACUAUAGUCACUUAAUAUUCGCCAUUGGCAGGAUCUCUUGUCACCUAGGAGCAGAGGUUCCCAAACCCUACAGCUGGGCUAUAGAAAACUCCUGGGGAAGUUGUUAAAAAUCUUGUUCCCCAACCCUCCAGAGGUUUUGAGCCAGAAGGUCUGGAGUGGGGCUCGGGAAUUGGUUCCUUCGGUCAUUUGCAAAUUUUCUCUGAGUUUCCCCGGGUCCUUGCUUGUUUGGCUGGGUGGUCAGCAGGAGCCGGGGCGGCUGCCUGUGCGUCUCUUGUGUUGGGCAGACAGGACAUGGGCCAGCAGUGGCCUGCAGAGAAAGCCCCCAGCAAAGGGGACAGCUGGGAGUGGCCUGGCAGAAAUGAGACUCAGUGUGGCCAGGCUUUCAGUUCUCAACCCCCAUCUCCACCCCUCGCACGAGACGCUGGAUUUUUCUGUAAUUUCCUGAUCUUUCUUCAUUGCCACCAGCUUCUUUGCUGUCAGGUAGUGGCCUCAGGCCUGUAUGAUCAGCUCUCUUCAGGGCCCAUUUUCUGUGCCAGGCCUGCCUUGUGCUGGCCACACAGUGGGUCCGUGGAGCCUGCCCACCCCCUCGGCCCAGUGCCCACACCCUUCAAGCUCAGCCAGAGGAGGGUGAGUUCCAGGUGUUACACAUAGUGGCUGUGUGGCCUCAGCCAAGCGAUGUCCUGUAAAGUGGAGUCCGUGAAGCAGGUGGGUGCAAGGACUCAUGCUUGUAGGGCCUGGCUCACAGGACGAGGUUCUCGCCACUGGUGGUGGCAGGAAGGAAUAAGGUGCUGAGGGCACACUCAGGUUGGCUCGCUGGCUGUGUCAAGAGAAGGGUGGCAUUUGAGCUGGGUAUCGGGAUGCAUAGGAGUUCUGUCAUGUGGGGAGGGGCAGAGGGGGCCUCCCUGAAAGAGUUUGAACAAAGGGCUGCUCCUGUCUGUCCUUCACCUUUGGGCAAGGCCUGGCAGGUUCCAGAAACUUCCCCUGCCAAUGCCUCAUCCCAGCCAAGAGCAGCUCUCUGAAAUGGAGGGAGUGAUUGGGAGCCCAAGGUGGAGCUGGGUGCCCUGACUUCCCCCACCCGAACCCCUCGCUCCAACCCGACUGGGGAGACCCUGCCCUACCCCACUCCCACUCACUUCCGCUCUGAGGCUCUUGCUUCUCCUUUUUCCUCAGCAAGCCCCACCUGCCCCUUUGGGGCCUGUUUUGGGGCCUCCAGAGCGAGGUUCACCAGUGACCAGCCUCCUUUGUCACCUCCACGGGUUGUGAGCCCCAGCCCAGCCCCUCCACCCCCUCACCACCCCUGAUGCGACCAUGGGCUCUGGCAGUGACUAGGUGGCCGCCCUCUGCCCCCGGGGGCCAGUGGCGAUUCUCGGCAGCAGCCAGCAGUCCUCCUGGCCAGCUCUGGCCAAGGGUAGUGGCCCCCUCAAACCUACCAGGGCCUCCUCUCUGGUGCAGCCCCAGCCGCAAGGGCCCCCUGGCCAGCCUGCCUGCCCAGGAUGUGCGCUUACCCUCCCAGCAGCUGCCGCCCCACCCACCGCACCUCCCCAUAGAGGAGCGCCGAGCCUCGGCUCCUGCGGGCGGGAGCCCCCGGAUGCUGCACCCAGCCACCCAGCAGAGCCCGUUCAUGGUUGAUCUCCACGAGCAGGUGCAUCAGGGACCUGUCCCUCUGUCCUACACAGUCACCACAGUGACCACCCAGGGCUUCCCCUUGCCUGCGGGGCAGCACAUCCCUGGCUGCAGCGCCCAGCAGCUCCCAGCAUGCUCCGUGAUGUUCAGCGGGCAGCACUAUCCGCUCUGCUGCCUCCCACCCCCACUGAUCCAGGCCUGCACCAUGCAGCAGCUGCCCGGUCCCUACCAGGCCUACCCCCACCUCAUCUCCAGUGACCACUACAUCCUACACCCCCCGCCACCUGCCCCACCACCACAGCCCACCCAUGUGGCACCUCUUGGGCAGUUUCUGUCGCUGCAGACGCAGCAUCCCCGGAUGCCCCUCCAGCGACUUGACAACGACGUGGACCUGCGGGGGGACCAGCACCCCCUGGGCGGCUUCACCUAUUCCACCUCUGCCCCCGGUCCCACCCUGGCCCCGUCCGUGCCCCUGCACUACCUGCCCCCCGAUGCGCUGCCCCAGGAGCUGUCCUUUGGCGUGCCCUAUUCCCAUGUGAUGCCACGGAGACUGAGCACCCAGAGGUACCGCCUGCAGCAGCCGCUGCCCCCGCCACCCCCACCGCCACCCCCACCACCUUAUUACCCCAGCUUCCUGCCCUACUUCCUCUCGAUGCUGCCGAUGUCACCAACAGCGAUGGGGCCCACCAUCAGCCUGGAUCUCGACGUGGACGACGUGGAGAUGGAGAACUAUGAGGCCCUCCUGAACCUUGCAGAGCGGCUGGGAGAUGCCAAGCCCCGAGGCCUCACCAAAGCAGACAUAGAACAGCUUCCAUCCUACCGCUUUAACCCCGACAGCCAUCAGUCGGAGCAGACCCUGUGUGUCGUCUGCUUCAGUGACUUCGAGGCGCGGCAGCUGCUCCGGGUUCUGCCCUGCAACCACGAGUUCCACACUAAGUGUGUCGACAAGUGGCUGAAGGCCAACCGGACAUGCCCCAUUUGCCGGGCCGACGCCUCCGAGGUGCCCCGGGAGGCGGAGUGAAGGCCGCACAGCUGCCCAGGAGAGCCCUGCCCGCAGCUCUGGACACCCCGGGUGGGGGGUGACCAGGGAGGAUGGGGAGGGAAUGGCCCGGGCCUGCCCCGUCGUUCCCACCUGCAUCUCCAGAGCUGGUGCCAGGGUCCACCCCGCGAGAAGUCCCCUGCAAUAAACCCCUGCAUUUGCCAAGCUCCAAAGACUCCUUCCCCGGUCUGCCUGCCCAUCUGCCCGCCUCGGGGCUGCCUGAGUGUCCCUCGUAGCCUCCCUUCUGCCUGCUCUCGGGUCUGUGUCCUUUCUUCUGCCAGCACGGGGAGCCAGGGGCCCCAUUCCCCCAGUGUGGCCAGGGGGGAUCCUCGGCCCCAGGUUGGGCAAAGCAGCCAUCCUCCUGGAGCGUCUGGUCUCUCGCACUGACACGUGUGCCCUCUGCCCUGGUGGCAGCGACAGGCGCUUGGAUGGACAAACAGUGGCACGAGGCCAUUUGGGCUGGAUGCUUCCGCCUUGAUCCCAUGCAGAUUUAGGCAGCCAGCGCCAAGCAGGCGGCUGGAAGGGGCUCCCUAGGGGACUGUCCCCCUCAACAGGCACAACAUUCCAGCCCCCACCCCAGGCCCCAAGGGGCUGAGAGGCAGGCCCUGGGCUGGGGUGGUGUGAUCCUGCUGUGGAGUGUGCCCCCCCUAGGCUCCUGGUGCCCGCCCCUCCAAUGCCAGUGACAGGGGCCAGACCUGUGCCCGACCUCUCCCCUCUCUGUCGUUUUGCAUGAAUGUGAGGAGCAGCAGUUUUUGUUUAUUCAUUUGGCCCAAUAUCACGUGUAGGAUUUGGGGGUGUAGGUUUUAAAAAAAAAAAACAAACAUAAUUUUUUUUUUUUCUUUCGGUUUAUAAUGGGGGAGGUCCAGGAAGCCACCAAGGACCCAGAGCUCAUGGGGUAGGGAAAGGGUCCCGUGGGGCUGCCUGGUCUGCUUGCAUGUGCCCAGGCGGGCGGGGGUUUGUGCUCAGCUGAUUACUGCCAUGCACUGUCCUGCACACGUCCCCACAGCCUCCCGGGACCCCACGCUUUUCAGGGCAUUUCUUCCGCCAGCCAGGGGCCCACCUCCCACCUGCCUGGGCGAGUCUCCUCUGGGGAAGUCCCAGGAGGACAGGGACCGGGGUGGGUGCAUUGGCCCCCUACCUCUUGGGGGGACCCUUGGCAGCCCAAGCCCUGCUCUCCGAGGCCUCGGGGAGGGAGCCCCACCCCCCGGAGAUGCUGGCUGAGCUCCCCCUGCCCCUGCCCCUCCUGGGUCCCCAUUCCUUUCCUCUUCCUACCCACCCCCGCCCCCCUGCUGGGGUCGCUGUCGCGAACGAACCGCGUGUGGGGCUGGCACAUCCUAGCAGGCAGCCCCUGGCGCCUGCUGCCUCAGGGAUGCUCCAACCACCCUCGUUCUCCCCACAGCGCCCCAGUUCCCCCCCCGACACCCCCCAGCCUGCCAUGGGGCCCCAUCAGCCUGGCCCCACCCACCCACCCCCGUGGAAAACCCAAAGUCUUACUGUAUAUAACUCCAGGUGACGUUUCUAUAUUUAUAGCAGUGUUGAAAACCCAUGUGUUUUACACAGAGAACCACCCUCUCCAACCAACCCCCCCCCCUUCCUUCCCCACCCCAACAAAAGAUUUUGCAAAACCCUUUGUGGUUCCUGGGGCAGGCAGAAACAGGCUCGCGGAGUGGGUGUAGGCUGCAGCAACGAGUCCAACCAGCAGCUACUGGGGGGGAGAACACAACAUUAAAAAAAAAAAAUCAUUAAGAAAAAAAGAUUUAUAUAACAAUUAUUUAGGACGUUUGUGAUUUGCCGACCUUGCUAUAGAUGCCAUGUCACCGAUGAUUUCCUGUGGUGGGGGCUUAUUGUUUACUCUUUUAUUUACCAACUUCUGGUCUAGGCAUGACUGUGGGUAUCACCACCCCCCCUCCCCCAGCCCUGGCUGGGCCCAGCGCCUGUGUUCUGUGUUAGAAAGGUUCUUACAUAUAUGUAUAUGUAUGUACGUAAUUACAUAUAUAUAUAUGUAAUUUGGGGGGGCCCUGUUCCUUGCACAUUUUACAGUUACCUCAUUUUUCCCAUGUAUGUAUUUGAAAAAAUGCUAAUAUAUAGAGAAAAAAAAUGGUUCUUAAAGCUUAAAUGUGUGGUUUUUUCCAUUCCAUUGGAUUCACAUUGGUUUGUAGCAUUUAACAUGACUAGUAUGUUGUAUUAUAUAUAUGUGUAUACUGAUUGAAAAUUUUUAACAGAUUUGUACUUUUUUUAAAAUGAAAGUUGCUAGUUCUGCUUGACCAAGUAGUGCAAUCAUUAUUUUUUUUAAUAUUGUUGCUGAUUUCAGAGGGAUAUUCACUAAUAAAUGUAUGAUGUAUACCA